AUGGCAUCAACACUCAAUGUCAUUCUUCGCAACGACACUGGCUCUGCGCAGCUUUAUGCUCACAUCACCGGCCAGGAUGAUAAAGGGGUCAUGCUGCUCGGGUCAGAUGGCAAAACCCCAUACCGUCCUGCAAACCCCAGCAACACUCUCCAGCCGCUCGGUGCCGACUGCGCAAUUCCAAUCGGCGCCUCCGGUACCGCAAGAACCAUUUCCGUCCCUCGCAUCUCUGGCGCACGCAUCUGGUUUUGCAAGGAGAAGCCUUUGACUUUCUUCAUCAACCCCGGGCCCGCGCUGGUUGAACCGUCGGCGACAAACCCGGCAGACCCCAAUUACGACCUGGAUUGGGGCUUUUGCGAGUUCACUUGGAAUCAGCAAGAGCUGUAUGCCAACAUCUCCUUUGUCGAUUUUGUCAGCCUCCCUAUUUCCCUGCAGCUGAAGGCGGGAGACGGCAAAGUCAAGACUGUGCCCGGGAUGCCCUCGGAUGGCCUGGACAAGGUUUGCUCCGAGCUCGAAGCCCAGGCUAAGAAUGACGGCAAGGGCUGGGACAAGCUCGUUAUACGCUCGUCCUCGGGGGCCAACCUGCGAGCCUUGAGCCCGAAUUCGGGCGGCGUCUUGAUAAACGGCUUGUUUGACGGGUACUACCAGUCGUACGUCGAUUCCGUCUGGGAAAAGUACACGUCCGAGGACUUGACUGCCAAUACUCAGUUCAAAUGGGGGGAUGCCGUUGGCCGUGUCAAGGACGGCAAACUGACCUUUGGCUCGGUUGGCUCCUUUGCCAAACCGUCCGCGUCUGAUAUUUUCACUUGCAGCACGGGGCCGUUUGCCGGCGGCAAAGACGUAACCGACGAGAUGCUCAACAUUGGAGCGCGGAUUGCCGCUGCGUUUAACCGCUCCACGCUGCUGGUGAACGCGAAUCAGCCCGAAGGCGAAAAGGUAGAUUCGUACUACAAGGACGCGGUUACCAAUCACUACUCGCGCAUCUGCCACCAGGUCAGCGUCCAGAGUCGAGGCUACGCGUUCCCCUAUGAUGAUGUCGGGUCGUCAUCUGGCGAGGACCAAUCUGGGUUCGUAAACGAUCCAAACCCUCAGGAACUGACAGUUUCCGUCGGCAAGCCACUCGAAGGCUAG